CCUACAUUACCCACAAUGCACUGGGCGCGGCUCAUUUCCGGUCCUGCGCCGUCUCUGGAGCGGAUUGGAACCCGGAGUCAGGAUUCGAUAAAUGAACAGUCUCCUGCAGAAAAGGUUCCAGUGAUGGCAGAGCAGACGCCAGAUGAGUUCAUCUGGUGCGAGGACUGUGGCCAGUACCAUGACUCCGAGUGUCCUGAGCUGGGGCCGCUGGUGACCGUCCAGGACUCCUUCGUCCUCAGCCGAGCUCGGUCUUCUCUACCAAACAGCCUGGAGAUCAGAGAGGUGGCUGAUGGGACGGAGGGCGUGUUCGUCCUGCGACGGCUGGUCAAGAGGACGCGGUUUGGCCCCUUUGAGGCUAAGCGGGUCCCCCACCUGGAGAGGGAAGGCGCGUUUCCUCUGAAGAUCUUUCAGGGGGACGGUCUGGUGGUGUGUUUUGACUCCAGCAGUGAAGAGGACUGCAAUUGGAUGAUGCUGGUGCGGCCUGCGACUGACCACAAACACCAGAACCUGGCGGCUUACCAGCAGGACGACGACGUGUACUUCAACACCUCCCAGGAUGUGCUCCCGGGCACAGAGCUGAGGGUCUGGUACGGGGCCUUCUAUGCCAAGAAGAUGGAGAAGCCCAUGCUGAAGUCUCCACUUCAACCACCACCUCCUCCACAAGAUGUGACAUCUUCAACUGCUAACACGGAGACCUCGGAGAAAACCGAGGCCCACAUACCAACAGGGACUGACGAGCCCAACGCAGGCAACAUGCUGACUCACCUGGAUGAGGUGAAGACAGUAAGUGUGCUUCCGGGCGACCCAGUCCUCCCCCAAGAAGAGAGCCUGGUCGGCCCUGAUGAGGAGGAGGAGGAGGAGGUUGCCCCCCCUGCAGUUCAGCCGGGCCCCAAGAGAGGGCACGGCCGAGGCGGGAGGAGAGCAAAGGGACGCAGGUCUCGGGCCACAGCUACCGCCAGCAAAAAGAAAGAGGUCAAGCCCCCAGUGGAGACCUCUGCCUCGGAGGCCUCGGAGGUGACGGCGGCAGCAGCAGCGAGUGCCCCAGAGAGCGGGCCUGUCCUGAAGAGACACAAAGUCAGAGAGCACAAGAGGGUGUACCGCUGCUCCCUCUGCAAUAAGGUCUUCCAGAACAGCAGCAACCUCAACAGACACGUCCGAUCUCAUGGUGACAAGCUGUUCAAGUGUGAUGAAUGUGACAAGUUGUUCAGCCGCAAGGAGAGUCUGAAGCAGCACAUCUCUUACAAGCACAGCAAGAAUAUGCCGGACCAGGAGUACAAACACAAAUGCAACACGUGUGAGAAAUCCUUUCGCCUGGAAAAUGCCUUAAAGUUCCACAACUGCCGGACAGACGACAAGACGUUCCAGUGUGAUAUCUGCUCGCGGUUCUUCUCCACCAACAGCAACCUCUCAAAGCACAAGAAGAAGCACGGCGAGAAGCUCUAUUCCUGCGAAAUCUGCAACAAGAUGUUCUAUCGCAAAGACGUGAUGCAGGAGCACCACAGGAGGCACGGCGUGGGACCGAAGCACUUGAAGCGAGAGGAGCUGGAGGCCAACGGAGAAGAAGGGACCAAGUACAGGAAGGAGCCGUCGCCCUGUCCCAUCUGUGGCAAGGUGUUCUCCUGCAGGAGCAACAUGAACAAGCAUCUGUUGACUCACGGUGAUAAGAAGUACACCUGCGAGAUCUGCGGCCGCAAAUUCUUCCGCGUGGACGUCCUUCGAGACCACAUUCACGUUCACUUCAAGGACAUAGCCUUGAUGGACGAGCAGGAGAGAGAAUGCUUCAUCAAGAAAAUCGGCAUCUCGGCAGGCAACAGCGACGAAACGGACGACGAUGAUGAUGAAGAGGAGGACGACCCUGAGCACCACAAGUACAACUGCAAGAAAUGUCAACUGUCGUUUGCAAAGGGGAAGGAGUACCUGAAGCACAUCAUGGAGCAGCACAAGGAGCGAGGCUACGGCUGCGCGAUCUGUAACCGACGCUUCGCACUGAAAGCCACGUACAACGCUCACCUGGUCAUCCACAGAGAGCAGCUGCCCGACCCUGCAGUGCAGAAGUACAUCCAUCCAUGUGAAAUCUGUGGCCGAAUCUUCAACAGUAUCGGUAACCUGGAGAGACACAAGAUCAUCCACACUGGGGUGAAGAGCCACUGCUGUGACAAGUGUGGCAAAUCCUUUGCGAGGAAAGACAUGCUGAAGGAGCACCUCCGGGUUCAUGACGACAUCCGAGAUUUCCUGUGCGCCGAGUGUGGGAAAGGCAUGAAGACCAAACACGCUUUGAGGCACCACAUGAAACUUCACAAGGGCAUCAAAGAGUAUGAGUGUAAGGCGUGUAAUCGCAAGUUUGCCCAGAAGGUCAACAUGCUGAAACACUACAAGAGACAUACGGGUGUGAAGGACUUCAUGUGUGAGCUGUGUGGAAAGACGUUCAGUGAGAGGACGACUCUAGAGACACACAAGCUCAUUCACACAGUGGGGAAGACGUGGACAUGUGCGACCUGUGAUAAGAAGUACCUGACCGAGUACAUGCUGCAGAAGCAUGUCCACCUGACCCACGAGAAGGUGGAGGCCCAGUCGUGUGACCUCUGCGGGACAAAGGUGUCCACUCGCGCAUCCAUGAACCGACACCUGCGACGUAAACACACUGAGGAGGUGAACGCGAGGGCCGAUGAGUUCGAUGACCUCCAGGAAACUUCGACAAUCAACGAUUCCUCUAUCAGCAUUGUACAGCCCACCCUGACCCUGGAAAAAGACGGCACGUCUCAAGAGAGACCCGGUCGACCAUUCCGACAGCCCAAGAAGAAGCAGAGGGUUUCAGCCGAGCCGGAGCUCUCUGAGUCGGAUGAAUUUGUCGAUUUCGCUGAGCCGAGGCACGAACCCAUGACCGAAUUCAGCGCCGUCAUUGUCGGUGAUGAAACUGAGACCAGCUCUGCUGUGCAGAGUAUCCAGCAGGUGGUGGUUCUUACCGACACCGGUGCGCAAUCGGCCGCCUCCCCCAACAGUUCGGUGGGGCUGACCAACAUCACAGUCACGCCCAUUACGAGCCACGCCCCUGCCCAGUUCACCAGCCUGCAGCCUGUAGCCGUGGGCCACCUGACUGCCAGCGACCGGCCCCUCACGCUGGACAAUUCCAUUCUCACGGUCACUUUCGACACAGUCAGUGGUUCCGCCAUGCUCCACAACCGCCCUGCUGAGCUAGUCCCAGAGACGGUGGGACCCGGCGGAGGAGGAGCAGCGCCUCAGUCAGUUGCUCACUUCAUCAACCUAACUACUCUGGUCAACCCCAUGGGCCACCAGCUGGAGGGCCCGACUCUGGCCUGGAGGCCCGUACCGGCAGCUGAGGGCAGCCAGGUCACGCCCGUGGUGGAGGGAACUCAUGGGGGGAGUCAGGAGGCCCAGAACCAGGGCUCAGAGCCAGGCCGACACGGCCACAGCCAACCGCCCACUCCACAGCAGCAGAGCAGCGCUGCACAGCAGAUGUUCAGCUACUGAGCAGAGACUAGAGGUGCCGGUCACCUCACACUCACCCACAUUGUUACAUAGAGUAGAUUUUAUGACUGAACUGUGCGAGCUUUUAUCACAGUCACCCAGAUGCCUCUCCAGCUUCAUGGAAAUGAAUUAUAUUAAAACGAUUUUUCUUUUUUAUACUAACACAAAAAGCCUUUUUUAAAUUUACAUAAAAAGAAAAGAAAUGGUACAUUCAGCCAAAAAAACACUCUGGAAGAUUUACAUUUCAAACCAAAGCAACAUGUUGAAUAUUCAAUUGCCUUACUAGCCUUUUAAAAUCAUGCAUGUUUUCAAGAUGAAUCUGCUGCUCGAAAGAUGAAACGUAACAUUAGAAGACAUUUGCGAUUGACAUGUUAAAUGAAAUCACCAGAUUAUGUGAUAUACGUGAUGGUUGGCUUAUUCCUAAAAGUGGCUAAAUCAAGAAGUCUUGAUUUUUGAAUGCUGUAACUGUAAUUGUUGUUUAACUGUGAGAGAAGAAUACUGGAAUCCUUUUUGUACGUUUAUUUUUAAAACAAAAUACCUCCUUUAAAAA